AUGACGAGACGCACCAUCCAUCCAAAAGACUCUCCCUUGUGCAGGGGUAUCCUCGAGCAGCCCAUGGAGAAGGUAAAAAUGCCUACUUGCAAAUACAAUGGAACAACAGACCCUGAAAAUCACUCCACCGCAUUCGAACAGCAUAUGAUGUUGUAUUCAAACUCGGAUGCCAUAUGGUGUAAAGUAUUCCAAACCACCUUGUCGGGGGUGGCAGCAGAUUGGUAUAAGAAAUUGCCUGCAGGAUCGAUAUUCAGCUUCAGGCAGAUACAGGAAGAUUUUGUGAGACGUUUCAUCAGUAACGUGGAGAGAAAGAAAACUUCGGGAGAACUGAUGUCGAUUUCCCAAAGGCCAAAAGAGCCUCUGAGAGAAUAUCUCACUCGUUUUAACAAUGAGUCCAUUACCAUACCAGAUCUGCAGCAAGAGAUAGCAGUUCUAGCUCUGCUGAGAGGAAUGCAAGAGUGCGAGUUCAAAAGAUACCUGGGGAGAAAGUCCUUCACCAAUUUGGGAGAAGCGUUGAAAAAAGCUAACGAAUAUAUCAGAAGCGACGAGCUGAUGCUCAUAUCACACCCCUCUAUGGGAGGUCAAGUAUCCCAACCGGCUAGAAAGGAUCAGGGCCUUUCGCAACAACACAACUUCAAAAAAGAUCAGGGCAGAAAGGAGAGCUACCAAUCCCGAGGAAACUUUCAGGCCAGACAAUCGAUAGGGGCCUAUCAGGUUUACACCCCGCUCAAUACGGCCAGGGCAACCAUUUACGCGGUUAACAAAUCGGUGGCUUGGAGGAAGCCGCUGCCCCUAGACGCUCCAGGCAACACAAAAAACUUUUGCGCUUUUCAUAACGACCACGGCCAUUAUACGGAGCACUGCAAAGAAUUGAAAGACAACAUAGAGGAGUUGGUAAGAAAGGGAUACUUAUCCCAAUACAAAGCCCGUCUGGAUAACAAUGGCGGGAAUGGAAGGCAGCAGAACUCGCAACAGCACACUCCCUAUGUGCCCACUCAGCCAGGAUACAAUCAAACUGCCGGCAGAAUUGAGCAGGCACCAACUGUCCGACAGGAAACCAGAUCACAACCAGAAUCAAGUACCCAGGGGGCAGAUAGGGGGAAGAGGCCCACUAUAUGGGUCAUUUCAGGAGGACCGGUGCACGGAGGGACCAUCAGUGGGGCCGUGCGGAGUUUGGAAGAACACCGACACCUUGUAAGUUAUCACAGCACACGAAAAUGGCCAGAACCACUCAGCCGACCGAUUGCGUCGUUUACCUCAGAAGACUGCAGAGGCAUAAUAUACCCCCACGACGAUCCGUUGGUGCUCGAGUUGGAGAUAGCCAACUUCCCGGUCAAGAGAUGCCUCAUCGACGGGGGCAGUUCGGCAAACAUCUUAUUCUGGGAAGCCUUCACCCAGCUGAAUAUUGAAUAUCACGAAUUGACAAGAGUCAAAUACCCCGUCAUCGGAUUCUCGGGAGCUACUGUUUAUCCAGAAGGCAGUAUCCGGUUGCCUGUACGAAUGGGGAAGGGUACGUCUGCAAGAGAUCUAAUGGUGGAUUUCCUAGUGAUAAAGGUACCUGCGGCAUAUAAUGUAAUUAUAGGCCGACCCUUCGUUCAUGAUGCACAGGCUGUAGUCUCAACUUACCAUCUCACAAUGGUGUACCUUUCAAAUCUAGAACGAACCGAAAGGGUGCAUGGCAGCCAGGAAACGGCCAGGUCGUGUUAUCUGACAGCGCUGAAAGCGCCAGGUAGGAUGGUUCCAAAAACAAAUCUAACCAGAGAAGCAAGCAUACCAGCUAAGAGGCAGAGGGGGGACCUCAGCAUGGAAAAUUUUGAUGAGAGGCCGACCGGAAUCCCACGACCAGCGGCCGAAGGAGAGACAAAGGAGAUAGAACUGACAAAAGGGGUCCCUGAGAGAACAGUAAGAAUAGGAGCUGAUAUGGAAAUAGAUUCGCAAGUCAACUUAAUCAGCUUGCUGAGAGAACAUGCAGAUGUGUUUGCCUUUUCGGCGGACGAAAUGCCCGGUAUCGACCCGGAUGUAAUCGUGCAUCGUUUGAACGUCGACAAAGCAGUAAGGCCGGUAAAGCAAAAGAAGCGCAAUUUCUCCAACGAGAAGAAUCUAGCUAUACAAGAAGAAGUAAAGAAGCUGCUGGAAGCAGGGUUCAUAGAAGCUUGCGACUACCCCGAGUGGUUAGCAAAUGUGGUCAUGGUAAAAAAAUCAAACGGCAGCUGGAGAAUGUGCGUGGACUUCACCAACCUGAAUAGGGCUUGUCCCAAAGACUGCUAUCCUUUGCCACGGAUAGAUAGAUUAGUGGACUCAACCAGUGGGCACGCUUUGCUGAGUUUCUUGGAUGCCUUUUCAGGGUAUCAUCAAAUCAGUUUGCAUAAGGCCGAUAGGAAGAAAGCUGCUUUCAUUACCGACACGGGGGUUUUCAGUUACAGGGCUAUGCCUUUCGGACUGAAGAACGCGGGUGCAACUUAUCAGAAGCUGGUAGACAGGGUAUUUUCCUCCCAAAAAGGGAGAAACAUAGAAGUAUAUGUGGAUGACUCAAUCGUGAAGAGCAGAUUGGCCAAGGACCAUGUCGACGACCUGAGAGAGACGUUCGAAACUCUGAGAAAAUUCAAGAUGAAGUUAAACCCGAAGAAGUGCGUUUUCGGGGUUCGAUCAGGAAAAUUUCUAGGUUUCUUGGUAAGCGAAAGAGGAAUUGAUGCUAAUCCAGACAAAGUGGAAGCAAUCAUGAACCUACCAGAGCCGACAUGUAUAAAAGAUGUACAGAGGCUGACAGGGAAAAUGGCCGCCUUAACACGAUUCAUCAGCAAAUCAGCAGAUAAGUCAUUGCCGUUCUUCAACGUUUUGAAAAUGAACAAGAAGUUCAAAUGGGGAGAGACGGAAAAGACAGCAUUCGAGGCUGUAAAACAACACUUACAAAUCCCGCCCACGAUAGCAAGACCAGAGGAAGGAGAUACUCUGCAGUUAUAUAUAUCGGCCUCCCAUUAUACCAUUGCUGCAGUUCUGAUCGUCGAAAAAGACAGAACACAGAUCCCGAUUUACUUUGUUAGCCACAUUCUGCAAUCAGCGGAGAAAUGUUACCCAUUAAUAGAAAAGUUGGGGUUCGCAGUGUUGACUGCAGCCAGAAAAUUGAGACCUUACUUCGACGCGCAUGGAAUCGAAGUCCUCACGAAUUUCCCUCUUGAAAGAGCCAUGCAGAAAAUGGACACGUCGGGUAGACUCUUGAAGUGGGCAAUUGAGCUGUCAGAAUUUCACAUGGAAUAUCGGCCUCGCAUAGCCAUCAAGGCGCAAGCUCUGUCGGACUUCAUUGUCGAAGCAUCUUAUCAUGAGGAGGAGUUGGACGAAGGAAAGUGGGAAGUAGCAGUAGAUGGCUCCGUCACCAGGUCAGGGUCAGGAGCCGGAGUUAUAACCACUGCACCAGAUGGAAAUACUUUCGAAUACGCCAUAAAAUUCUCAUUUCAAGCAUCGAACAACGAAGCCGAAUAUGAAGCCGCAAUCGCAGGCGUACAAAUUUGUGAAUCGGCAGGGGCUAGCAAGGUUAUCUUGACCACUGACUCACAGUUAGUCGCAAAUCAGUUCUCGGGGGAAUACGAAGCGAAGGAAGAGUCCAUGAAAAGGUAUGCCGAGAGGUUAAAGCAGGCAGUGGCACAACUAGAAAGCUUCGAAAUAAAGUUAGUGCCUCGAUCAGAAAAUACAUUGGCAGACUCUCUGUCGAAGCUAGCCAGCUCAAGUGCGUUGACAAAAACGGUGAUGGUUGAGGUCAUGCAUCGUAGAAGUACUGAGGUCAGCGGAAAAGAGCUCAUGGUAAUAGCAAAUAACCCCGAAUGGUAUGACACAAUGUCGGCAUAUAAGAGAGAUGGGUCCUUACCAGCAGACAAGAUAGAGGCCAGAAAAGUAACAAGGAACUCAUGUUGGUUUGUUAUUAUCAGAGGGCAACUCUACAAACGAGCUUUUAGCUUACCCUUAAUGAGGUGCAUAUCGGCCUAUGAAUCGGCGCGGCUGAUAGAAGAAAUUCACGAGGGGACUUGUGGAAACCAUCUGGGAGGAAAAAGCCUCGCACUAAUAUGUCAGCAUCAAGGAUACUACUGGCCAACGAUGCUUUCGGACGCGUAA